UUUUUUUUUUUUUUUUUUGUAAUCGCGGAAGUGGCGGAAUCAUUCUAAACUGCCUUGUUUACUAGUCAAUCGUGUUUUUGUAUAAUUUAACCCUACCCACUUAAGCAGUACCCUGAUAAUGGAAGACGACGCACCCGUUAUUUAUGGUCUCGAAUUCCAGGCACGAUCACUGACUGCGCAGACAGCUGAAACUGAUGCUAUUCGUUUCCUCGUGGGCACGCAAUCUCUGAAAUUUGACAACCAGAUCCACAUCAUUGACUUUGAUGAUGAGAAUAACAUCAUUAAUAAGAAUGUCCUUCUACACCAAGCUGGAGAGAUAUGGAAUAUUGGUGCCAGUCCUGCAGACAAAGAAGUACUUACCACCUGCUACAACAAAACCAGUGACAGCCGAGUGGUGUCCUGUGCAGCAGUAUGGCGGAUGCCUACCAAUUGGGAAACGGGAAGCCACGAAUCUCCUGACGACUCAGCCCACAACCCCCAAACCCUGGAGCUGCUUUGUCACUUAGAUGACAGUGCCCACGGCAACGCAGCCUGCGUACUGUGGGAGCCUAUGGGAGAUGGCAAGCGUGUGAUUUCGUUGGCUGAUAACCAUGUACUUCUCUGGGAUCUGCAGGAGAGCUCCACACAGGCCACAAUCUCCAGCACUGCCAUGCUUGAGGGAAAAGGACAGCUGAAGUUCACCUCUGGCAAGUGGAGCCCUCACCAUAACUGCAGCCAACUUGCUACUGCAAGUGACACAGCCAUAAGAGGCUGGGAUCUUCGUACCAUGAACCAGAUUUACUGUAUCGAUAACGCUCAUGGCCAGCUGGUGCGCGACCUGGACUUCAACCCAAACAGGCAGUAUUACUUGGCCAGCUGCGGAGACGACUGCAAGGUUAAAUUCUGGGAUGUCCGCAACAUCCAGGAGCCCAUCAAAACUCUGGAGGAGCACUCACAUUGGGUGUGGAGCGUCCGCUAUAACCACAGCCACGACCAGCUGGUCUUGACAGCCAGCAGUGACAGCCGUCUCAUCCUCUCCAACAUGGUUUCGAUCUCCUCCGAGCCAUUUGGCCAUUUGGUGGAUGAUGAAGAUCUCAGCGAUGGGGAGGACAACCACCAGGAGGAUAAGUGCAAGGAGCCUCUGAAGGACAGUGUGGUGUCCACCUACGAGGAGCAUGAAGACAGCGUAUAUGCGGCUGAGUGGUCGUCGGCCGAUCCGUGGCUCUUCGCCUCGCUCAGCUAUGAUGGACGCCUAGUCAUCAACAGGGUCCCCCGUACCCUCAAAUACCAGAUCCUAUUGUGAGUGGACAUACCGAACGUGAGACAAAGAGGGCAUGGUUAAAAUUGCUGUCAAAGACAAACUACAGUACAUAAUAUUCUUGCAAAAACUGUAAUUAAUGUAAAUACAUUCUGCAACUUAACACUCUAAAUUAAACAUUUCCUGGUUUAGUUUGUUUUUUUUUUCCCCAUUGUUUCUUCAUUGCUAUCUUUUCAUGUCAAAGCAACGGCACAAUCAUUUCCAAAAUGUCAGUGUGAAUCGUAUUAAAUCGCCAUUAAAUCAUUCCACAUAACAGUGUUGAUACUCUUAUCUUGAGUAAUCAUACAAUGUGGGGAAAGUUCUUCUGUCAGUUCACACUUCACGUUCUAUCUGGAUAUUGUGGAAAAUUUAAUUCACUGCAGUAGCUCAAUCCCCCCACCCCCAUCCCCACCCCCAAAAAGUGAGGAGGUCUAUGCGGUCCUCCAAGAAACAUGCCUCCCCAGUCCUUCAUUCAGCCACCGCCAAAGCGGUCGUAUUAGAGGAUGCUGCACGCAGCAGAAAUUUCUCCGGGACGUUUCAACCGACUGUUACCCAUGAAUAGCCCAGAGCACCGGUUGCAAAUCUGCCAUUCGUGGUGUUCUCUGGAAAAUGCCACUCAGACUGCACCGCAUUGAGCUGUGAGUCGCGCCCUCGUAACGCCAUCACGGACGGAGUACGUAUCUGACAGUUUGAGUAGAAACAUGCACAUUAGUGGCUUAUUGGAGGUCAUUUUGUAGUGCUGCGGCAGUGCUCAUCCUGUUCCUCUUCCCACAAAGGGACAGAGAGCAGCCCUGCUGGUGGGUUGUUGUCCUGGGGCUCCCCGCUACAUCUCCUGAUAUCUCCUCCAUGGAUACAGUGCUGGGAGACAUAACAAUCCUUGUUGAGGUGCACCACCUGAGAAGCUUCUGUGGUUGUAGACACCACUGCCAAAAUGCAAAAAAAAGCCAGUAAACAGAAAGGAUUCGGACAUGGAAAUGGUCUGUGGCCUCCAAUUUGAGACCAAUCUAGACCAGGGAAAGGCAACAUGCGGCACAUGGGCUCCUUUACAAAAUAAAGUGAACUGCCCAAUACUGUACUGCAUCGUACAGGUGAGUUAUUGAAUGACAUGCAGUACAAACAUUUUAAAAUAGUAAAAUCUUUGUGUGAGUUGAUUUAUGUUUAAAAAAAAAAAAAAUCCCUAAAAUGUGUUCUUGCACUUAAUGUUUUCGUGUUUAGCAGUUUUGUGCGAUUUUUGAAUAGGAGAUUUUAUCCACAAGGUCACUGGGGAAAAAAAAAAUCACUAUGUGGUUUAUUUGCUUGUUGUUGAAUAGCACAUAUUUUAUGCAUGCAUUUCAGCAUGACAUAUUUUAAGAUAGAGACUUGAUUUACAUACCGGUAGGUUAAAUUAUUAUUAUUUUUUUAAUGUUAAAAAACAUGCACAUAUUUCAUCCCUCUUAAAAAUGAAACACCUGGUUAAGAAGUAUGGAGUCUUAUAUGGCCCACUGAUAGUGCUGAUGAAAAAUUGUGGCCCUCUCCAUCAUUGAAGUUGCCCAUCCCUGGUCCAAACCUUGUGUACUGCGGCUGACGUCAUCGACAGGCCAAUUUAUCGCAGCUUAACUUUGCAGUCACACUUAUUCCAUUUAUUAUUGCUGUACUUCGGUGCUCUGACCAGUAUUCAUUAUAACUGGCUUACAGUUUAGAAACAGUGACUCCCAAGUCCGGGCUGCAGUGUGUGUUGAGAUUUGUGACAUCAGCGCCCCAUUCCUUGUUGCUAUUGAAGCAUAUUCCACCACCGUUUUUAUUUCCAUGAUAGUUUCGUGUCGCGGUCCGCCCGGUGGAAACGGAAGCCAUGAAGGUGAAGCCUGGUGUCCGGGUAUUGGUAGCUGAGCCAGGUUUUGGUUAAGCAGAACGCGCCAGAAUGUGCAAGGUUUUCUUGGUCCUUGUGAGAAGUUCAUUCAUCUUGUUUGGCGUAGAACGUAGAUUAGCAAAAUGGAUUGAUGGGAGCGAGGUUCAAAAUCCACGUUGACAUAGCUUGACAAGCACGCUCGCCUCCCCUUCUUCCGGCGGCGUUUCCAUGCUCCGUACAGAGCAGUCGCCCCGCCAGCUAUUAACUCUGAAACUACUUAGCUGGAAACUAUCGAGGCACACACCUUCCUCAAAUGAUCCCCCGUUGCUGUAAAUGCUCCUCCAGGGUGCGUCAUGAAUGCUGUGUGCCAAGUGCUUCGAUGUUGCGCCUGUAAUUUGUUAAAUGUCAAAAGUCAAUUUUUUUGUGUGUGUGUGCGUGUGUGCACAGUCAUGGUUGUACAGAUCAGGUCAUUUUACUGCUCCACAAUGACGUUUAGAGCUCUAUGUCGACCUGUCUAGUUGCUAAUCAUGGGUUUUUAGUUUUAAGAGGGGGCAAAGCCACUUGAAAUUACUCUGACGCCAUAAUUGUUUUAAAUUGUCAUCUAUUUCUGAAUCCACAGUGUUUGUGAGGAAAGAACCAGUUAUAGGGAAAAAAGCUUGGAUCCAGCAGGAUUUUUAACAACUUUUUGGACCAGACUAUUAAAAUGAAAGGAGAGCAGGGAAUUAUUCCAGUGCACAAAAAGAAGUAUGCGAUUAUUUGCAUCCAUCCACUUUUUAUAACGCUUGAUUUGGCAUGAGACUCUGCUUUGUUUUAGUGUUUUAUGGUGUCUGCUGUAUUUGUGUUAUUAAUUUAUUGUUUUUACUUUCUCUGUUAUCGCUUGGGUGAAGACACUUGAGUGACAUUUCUUUGCCUUUAAUGGCCCACAUGUACGGUCAAACACAUGAGACACGGCAUUAACACGCCGAUUUCGAUAAAGACCUUUUCUGAGUAGGACCCGCAAGGACCCUUGAGCUGUCUUCACCUGCCUGCGUGGGUUCCUAAAUAUCUUCUGACUAAAACUGUUAACAGGACUUCUUGGAUAUGUCCAACACAAAUUGAACAACGUAAUAAUUACAAAAAUAAAAAUAUAUUAAAUUUUAA